AUGGCUGCAGCGGGGCCGGCGCAGCUCCAGGUGGCGUUCGAGGACAUCGCUCUGUAUUUCACCCGGGAGGAGUGGGAGCUCUUAUCCCAGCGAGAGAAGCAGCUGUACAGGAGCCAGAUGCUGAGGAAUUACUGUGCCCUCGUUUCCCUGGGCUAUUCAGGUUCUACACCAGACUUAAUCCACCGGAUCGAGGUAGGGGAGGCAGAGCUCUGGAUCCGGGAUGCUGAGGACUCCAGGGAAAGCUCCGGGCCUGAGAGCUCCUCCCCAGGGCACGGGAUCCCGGGAGAAUCGAGGGGACAGUCUGAAUGUGGGGAGAGCACAGAGGGAGAGCAGGAUCCCACAGCCCACACGGGGAUCAAUAUGCUGCAUACCGUCCAUCUCCUGGGUAGACUCAGCCAGAGACCAGACCUGGCUACACACCAGAGACUCCCCAUGGGCCGGUGUCCCCACCGCUGCAUCGACUGCGGCAAGAAGUUCAGCAACCCACUCACACUGAAACAGCACCAGCGCACGCACACCAGGGAGCAGCCGUACCGCUGUGCCAACUCUGGGCAGAGGUUCAACAAUGCCAAAACACUGACCCAGAUUCAGCGCAAGCGCAUCAGGGAGCAGGCCUAUCACUGUGCUGAUUGUAACAAGGGUUUUGCACACAGCUCACAGCUGAGAGUACAUCAGCGCACCCACACCGGGGAGAGGCCGUAUCGCUGUGCUGACUGUGGCAGGGGUUUUGCAGAGAGGUCAAAGCUGAGAAGACAUGAGCACACACACACCGGGGAGAGGCCGUAUCGCUGUGCUGACUGUGGCAGGGGUUUUGCAGAGAGGUCAAAGCUGAGAAGACAUGAGCACACACACACUGGGCAGUGGCCGCACCGCUGUGCUGACUGUGGCAAGGGCUUUGCAGAGAUCUCAAAGCUGAGUAGACAUCAGCGCACGCACACCGGGGAGCGGCCGCACCGCUGUGCUGACUGCGGGAAGGGCUUUGCACAGAUCUCAGAUCUCAGAUCACACCAGCACACACACACUGGGGAGCGUCCGUACCGCUGUGCUGACUGUGGCAAGGGAUUUGCGUCGUGGUCAAAUCUGAGUAGACAUAAGCGCACACACACUGGGGAGCGGCCGCACCGCUGUGCCUACUGUGGCAAGGGCUUUGCACAGAUCUCAGGGAUGCGAACGCACCAGCAAACACACACCGGGGAGCGGCCGUACCGCUGUGCAGACUGCGGAAAGAGCUUUGCACGGAUCUCAGGGCUGAGAUUGCACCAGCCCACACACACUGGGGAGCGGCUGUACCACUGUAGUGACUGUGGCAAGGACUUUGCACGAAGCUCAAGCUUAAGAGUGCAUUAUCACAAACACACCAGGAAACGGCCUCACCAUUGCACCGACUGCGGCAAGGGCUUUGCACAGGUCUCAGAUCUGAGAACACACCAGCGGACGCACACCGGGGAGCGGCCGUACCGCUGUGAUGAUUGUGGGAAGCGCUUCAGCAGGGCCAGUACACUGACCAACCAUCAGCGCACGCACACUGGGGAACAGUCGUACCGCUGUGACGAUUGCAGCAAGAGCUUCAGCAGUGCCAGUACACUGACUAAGCACCAGCGCACGCACACUGGGGAGCGGCCAUACAGCUGUGCUGACUGCAGCAGGGGCUUUUCACAGCUUUCAGGCCUGAGAAUACACCAGCGCACGCACACUGGGGAACGGCCAUACAGCUGUGCUGACUGCGGCAGGGGCUUUUCACAGCUUUCAGGCCUGAGAAUACACCAGCGCACGCACACUGGGGAGCGGCCAUACAGCUGUGCUGACUGCGGCAGGGGCUUUUCACAGCUUUCAGGCCUGAGAAUACACCAGCGCACGCACACUGGGGAACGGCCAUACAGCUGUGCUGACUGCGGCAGGGGCUUUUCACAGCUUUCAGGCCUGAGAAUACACCAGCGCACGCACACAGGGGAGCGGCCAUACAGCUGUGUUGACUGCGGCAGGGGCUUUUCACAGCUUUCAGGCCUGCGAGCACAUCAGCGACACACAGGGGAGCAGCCCUACAGCUGUCAUAAUUGCGGCAAGAACUUCAGCAGCAACAGUGCAUUGACAAGGCAUCAGCGCACGGACACAAGGGAGCGGCCGCACAGCUGUGCUGAGACUGUGUUGGGCAGAGAAGGGGACUUGGCUAAGCAGUGGGGGGAAGAAUAGACAGGUGAGGGGAUUUUAGAGUAGAUGGUCACAAGCUACUCCAUUAGGGACCCCCUGCAUCUAGGUGGGAUCCAGCCAGGUCAUCCCCUUCCCCCAUCUCACUGGGUUCCAGCCAGGUCUCUCACUCUCUGUCUCUCUCACACACACUUUUACCUGGGAUGCACCCAGGACAAACCUCCCCCCCAUCUAGAUGGGACCCAGCUCGGAACUUCCCCCACACCUACUUUGGUUCCAGCCAGCUGGUGACUCCUGAGUGACAUCUAGAGGUGCCAUUUGCAGUCCUGUCUCAGCCUGGAUUGGUCGGGGGGCGGGAGGGCAGCUCGGUGCGUGUGAUUGAAAGAAGACUCAGGAACUGCUUACACUGUCUACAGGUCUGUCGCAUCUUACGCGCAUUUAACAUGCGCGAUUUCAGCUUUACGCGGUCGGCAAAAACAAAAAAAAGAAUAACAACAAUUUUAAUACUGUACCUGUAGUGCGGGCGAUUCCGCCUGCCAUGACACUCAAUGUAAUUUUGACUAUACGUGAUUUUUGCUAUACGCGCUGACUGCGGAACGUAACCCCAGCGUACGAUGCGACAGACCUG